CCUCUAUCUGAGAGGUGCGGCUAAUUCAUGAGACUAAUGAACUGAUAGCGCUGAAAGAGAUGCAUCUCUUACAUUUAGCAGGCCUAUUUUGUUUUGUAGUAACAGCAAAUUCAGCCGAACUUGAAGCUACAAUUACCUCACCUGCACUCAUCUACAAUGCAUACCUCAACUCUGAAGAAUACGCACGAUUUACUUGCAUUACAAGAAAUAGUGACAACAUUCGGUGGAUCAUUGAUGGAUUGACUGACAUCCAUUACAAUGUGACAAUCAUCAGACGAAUACAAUCCAGACUUUUGCUACAUCAAGACCGAUCCUUCCUCUCAGAGUUACUGAUUCCAGCUAUUCCAGUCAACAAGCACAUUGCAGUGAUCAAAUGUAAAGCAUUCAAAACAACAGGAGGUUUUCAAGUGGCUGAGUCUAACGAAACAGCUCAAUACUAUAUCCAAGGCUUGCUGGACAUGGUGUCUAAUCUCACACACAGCAGUUACAAUACAACACACAGUCUUGUUGAAUGGUUGGAACCACCGACGCUGAACAUUACUAAUGUAGAGCCUGAUAUUGAGAGCUACACAGUAUGCUCAUGGCCCAAACUCAAUAACUCUGUACCUGCACUUGAAUGCACCAAUACGUCAACACCUCAAGUGUUUCUACCAAAGUAUUAUGUGGAUCUUUUGUUGAUGGUAACUGCCUGGAAUAUUGUUGGAGAGAGCAACAGCUCAGCACAGCUUGUGAUUGAAAACUGUGGGAGCACUAGUGCUGAAGUACCACUAGAAGGAGACAGAUUUGUUGUAGAGAUCGAAUUUGACAAGGACAAUUCAACUAUUCUUGACAUCUUCUUCACACGCAACCAGUCAAAACACAACGCGUCAUCUACUGAAAGGUGCUGGUUUGUCUACGAAGUCACCAUCAGUCCGACACUGAAUUCAACAGAGUCGGCGAUACACACACAACUAUACGGAUUCGAUAAUCUAUAUGUUGAAAUAAAAGGUCUACAAAAAAACAGCCUGUUCACAAUUGGCAUCAAUCGAAUAACUUCCACCGCUCACUUGCAACUACAUCCAGUUAACUUCAGUACGUAUGACCUUCAGAGUGUGAGUACCUCAAGAAAAGGAGAUUUCUUGUUUGUUACUUGUCAUUUUGCCCGAGGCAUAACAACUAAAGGCUGUACAAUACAAUUAAAAAAUGGUAAAAAAAUCCUCCUUCAAAGAAUGUUACCCGUUAGUGAAGAGUGUGAAGCCAUACAUUCAACACCAUGCCAUGCAAAUGGAAGUAUUGACUUAUCAGCUCUACCAAGUACUAGUGGGAAGAUAUCUCUACUUGUUUCUGAUUGGGAACUAAAUAGUUUUGAAAACAGUAUAAAACUCACAAUACAGUCUGCUAACAAUAACUCAACAGGGGUGAGUCUCCCACCAGCAAACAAUGUCAUGAUAACAUUGAUAAUAGCAGCCGCAGUCGGUGGGGGUGCUUUGGGAGCAGUUGGCCUAAUUUGCUUAUCAGCAGUAAUUUGUGGACUGUUUUGGAAGAUUUACAUAAGAUCAGGCCAAAGUUCAACUUCUAAAAAAAUGCCUCAACUUCAUCCCAACGAAGCAUAUUCUCUUGUACUUGAGUUAAGAAGAAAUGAAGCAUAUGAGACGACGGGCAAACCGCCUGCUGACUCUCAAGAUAGCAGUGACCCCCAUCUGUACGAUGAGAUCACCCAGCCAACACAAACCAAACAGACAAAGGAGCCUGUGUAUGCUGAAAUAGGGACUCGGUAAACGCAAAGUUUGAACUACCUAAGUGUAGACUGUAUAUAAACAUCAUGUACAUGCAGCGAGCUAUGCAUGCCUUAUAUAUAUACUCCCAAGUUACUGUACACAUGCAUGCAUGCUCAUCAUAACAAUUUCAGUGAAACCAUGUGCGUAUAUAUUACAUGAGAAUGGAGCUGGUGACU